UGGAUGCCUUCUCUUGGUUUUAUUUACAUUCAGAUAACCGCGCAAUUUUAUUGAAUUUUCAUACAAAUCUAGCACAAAAAGGAUGAGUCAGCAAAGGCAAAAGAAUAAAAAUUUCCCAUGAAAUUAAUAGCUAUGUGCAAUUUAAUCCUACAAUUGCUGUGUGUUAAAGUGCACUCGGCUGUAUAAGAUGAACAGCCAAAUUGCAUGAUUCGAAGGAAUCAGUCGAACUUGAAUUUAUUUCGUUGUAUCCCUUAAUUGUUCUUUAUGUGACUUCUUACAGCAAAUGCGCGCAUAUCUUUCCUCUGCAAGACUGACCCGCUUCUUGGACGUCAUGUGAUAAAUUGAAGGGUGGUGGGAAAGAAGCAGAACCAUUGAGGAUAGAAAUAAUUGUAAUAACAACCAAAUGGUCCGAGGAAAAACCAUUGAGUGCUCCCACAGAGCACGAAACAGCUGAUUAAAUUAGAUUUUGUGUAGGGAAAAUGGUUAAAAGGGUCCCCGGGCAAGUGUUGGCUGAUUUCAUUUAAUUUGGAAUUAUUGACUGAUUCUGUGGUCACUUAGAAAAAAAUAUGUUUUAAGGACAUUCUUCAUGUCCUUUUAAGGUGCUUUUCAAAGCAAAACAAAUAUUCAUGACCAAGAAUAUAUUAAUUGGUUAGAAAAUUGUUUAAAAAAAUUAACUUUUUUUCCUUCCUCUCAAUUAAUAAAUAAUUUAUAAUUAAAGUUUCUAGGCCCAUACAACGUAAAUCUCCAAGUGCCUAUGUAAACUAAUGCCUGAAAUAUUAGGCCAAAUUGAAUCCUUAUAGAUUUGUUUCCAGUUUGGGGCUUUUUGACCAACUUUAAAGGAAUCUAACAUUUACAAACGAUUCCACAAUAAGCCUAUCUUGGUUACAACGCUAUCAACCCUAACAAAUCGGAGAAUCUUCAGAGAAAAAAGUUAAAAAAUUAAAGGCAAAAUUCUAAAAUAAAUCAUUACACGUUGUUCUUUUUUUUUGUAUAUUACACAAAUUAAGGGGAUAGUUUGUAUUUGCUGAGUGCAGGCACACCUUAAACUUUGAUGACCGGCAAAGGGAGGUGGAGAAAGUAAAAUGCCUUGCGAUAAAUUACCUCAUUUAUGAGGUUGAUGAGGGUGGAGGAGGUGAUGAUGUUUUUUUUUGUGGGCUUUAGUAGAUAAAGAGAGAAUUCUAUGUGGUGAUGGUUAUUCGUUUAGAAGAUUUUGUGGGAAGUUUUUUUUUCUCUAUUGAGCACUCUCGCUCUCUCUUACAUAAUAUUCGUUGUAUUUCCACAAGUCAUUACCAUUUGGACGCCACUCUUUUCCACAACUAUAAAAUAUUCCUAUAGAGAUAGAUAUUCUCCUCUUCUCUUUUAUCGUGGUCGCGCCGAAGAAUGGCGUAGACUGGUGCGAUGUCGUCUCGUGUUUACUCAAUUUACUUGGUGGUGCGCCCUCCCCACCAGUUGGUUCUCACAUUGAGUGAAUCCGUCACAUAAUCCGGAUCCGCGUGUGGAUCACUUAGUCAGUGGAUAUUUAUACAGUGUCAAGAAUGGUUGAUGUUUCUACAUAAGAGACACUCUCAAUUACCCAAAACUCUCGCGCACACGGGAUCUCUUCUCGCGCCUCUGGGCAGAUCCAGUGCUCUCGCCUUUGUUUACAAACUUCCCUCCCAAAAGUUUGUCCCACAAAAUUUUGAUUUCUCAAUAUUAUUGUGUCUAAAGGCGCUUCUGGAGCUGCUCUGUGUGCAUAUGUGAUCAAACGCGGUGUGUGGAGUGGGUGGAGAAGCGUGAUGCGCUAAUUGAGGCAAUAAAAUUGGUGUUUAUUGACGAAAUGUGUGAAUAAAUAAAUUUACAAUUUAUUAAAUUUGCGUAUCGGUGCGACGAAGAGUGCUAAAAUCACGAGGAAAGACACUACUUUCUGUUUGAUAUCUCUCUCCCCUUAUCAAAUGUGUGUUGGCUUUUUUAUUUUGAGCCCAAACUUAUUUAUAGCGAAAGAGAUUGUCUUGCUAUCAGAAGUUUGAAAAUCUUAAGGUUAAAUGAAAACAUUUCAGCUGCUCUAUCUUACUCGACAGACACCUCUUCUGAUACCAUUAUCAAUUGAAUUUUUUUUUCAUUUCCCAUCUAUCUGUCUCAAAAAGAUUUCCAAUAAACCUUUCCACGCACACAUGAAAUGAUGCGAACUUUUUUAAACUUCUAUAGAGAAAAUGAAGGAAAAUGUUUACACAAAUAGGCCUUCCGUUGUUAUAUUUUUAAUUUUAUCAAAAUGAUUCAUAAAUUUUUGGGUGUUGAAUGAGGUAAAAGAGUUCCAAAUUUAAAAAUAUAACACGAUGAAGUUGAAGAAAUAAAAUUCACAGAUUUUUAACACUAUAAAAGUCAUUCUAUAUUUAGGUUCUGAAUUCUCCAUUCGGAAUGAGAAUGCAAAUAUUUAGAGAAAAACCACCAAAGUUUUUUUUUGCUUAUCUCAAUAUAAAUGAAAGUGUAUGGAAAAAAAUGGUUCCAAUAGCAGUGUGUAGAAAUCAUAGUACAAUUUAUGUGGGAAUAGGGGAAAGUAAUUAUUAUUGUUUUUCAGUUAAUUAAGAUAUCAAAGUUUAUUAGUAAAUUAAAGUUAUUGUUAAAUGAAAAUGAUGGGAACGAUUCUUGUAAAAUUAUUUUCGUUUUUUUUACAUUUUUGGAGUUUUAAGAUUUAUAAUGUGCAAGAUUUUUAUUUCUUUAAUUUUUCAUCUUUCUUUAAUCGUGUUUCAAAAGAAAAAAUAUUUAGAAUUUUAUACACAAUUUAUGAAAUUGUAAAUCUUUUGCUUAUCUUUUUUUUUUCUAAAGUCUGAACCAUACUCCUGUGUUAAAAGAUAGGAAUAUGGUUUAUAUUCUUCGGGCACGUCGAUUUGUUCUUCCAGAAAACAGGCAUUAGGAUUUAAAAAAAAACCUCGGAGAAAAACUUCCUUAAGAAAGACAAUUAAAGAUUUGCAAGAUUUUUCUUUUUACUGACAAUUGUAAAAGAAGAAAAUUAGAGAUUUAUAACAGAAUCGACCUUAUGUUCUUUUUUAUUAAAUCAUUAAACUUUACUAAUUAAAUGAACCUGACAAAGGACCUUUAGAAGGUCUAAAAUAAUUUUAUAAUUCUGUAUGAUUUUCCCGAAAAUACACAUAAAUGAAUAAAUGCUUUUUUGAUUAAAAUUUUCUUAAAGAAAAUUUAACGAAAUCCCACCAAAAUUGAAUAGAUUUAGGAACAUAAUUAGUUUGCAUUGUGAAUGACACACACACACUAUAAAAUCUACAGAAUAUUGACGAAUUUUGCUUAAUUUCCCAAACAAAAAACCCACCCACAUUGUGAUCUAUACGCCGGCUUUCAGUCAAAUACGACCAAGUGAUGCAUUUUGAUGACGCAAAAUCUGUUGUAUAGAGAUAUUAUUUGUUUGAGGCAAACCCACAGAGUUUGAUACAUGGCGAGGAAAUGAGAAUAAUGGUUUAGAAAUAGCAUAAUUUCUCUUCUAUUUCCUCUCCUUUUUCACAAUAUUAUAUGUAGUUAGUUAUACAUAUUUAUUGCAUAUACACAAAGUUUCUAUAAAUAAAUAAAUUUCACCAACAGUUGUCAGCUAUCUGUCUUCGUAGUCUUCUCAAUGAUGGAUGUAUAGUUUGUAGAAAGGGAGAGAACACAUAAAGAGAGCGAGAGAAAAAAAUGAAAUGAAAUAGUAAAUAAAUUAUGAUGAAAGAUUAAUAAUGUUUGAAAGUGAACCCAAAAGGUGUCAGUGAGUUGAAGUUAAAAAAGAAAAACUCGCAAAGAAAAUAGAACGUUUUUUCUAUUAACUGGAUUUUCUUUAACCAAAAAAUAAAUAAAUAAAAAUAAACUAAAAUGCGGUGCUGAUAAGUGAAAUUUCUGUUAUAUUUAUCACAUUAGUAAGGAAAAUAUUGAGUGAAUUAGAAGAAAAAUACAAUGGAUCGGUCAAUGUAUGGAAAAAUUGAUCCAGGUGCACGUCAACCGUAUCGGUGUACCGUGAGAGAAGGAGGAAUUCUUCCUGGAUACGCUCUGCUUGCCGAUCUCCAGAAUUCCGUACCUGGAGCAGCAUCCCAGCAGCAUCAUUACAAUGCCAAUUCAUCCGGAGGAUAUGGGAGUCUGCGUUCGAAACAAUCACCGCAGUCGCCGACCUACCAUUCACCAGCGGGCGUGAAUGGGGCCGUUCGCGGGUCGGGAUCUCUGCCACGGAAUGUUGGUGCAAAUACGGGAAAUCUCUCAGAGCUGGACUCCCUUCUUGAGGAUCUCAGCUCACAGCGCUACGGGCGUAGCCUCGACCGCAAAGGGGAGAACGGGUACUCCAGUCGGUAUGCAGCGAAUGAUUCAACCGUGAGACCCUCUGUGGAUAGCCUCCUAGAUGAAUUGAGUAGUGCCAACACCACAGGACCGACCUACGCCGUACCCAAUGGGACAUCCACUCCGGAGCCUGGCGUCAAGCCGGGAAAGCAUGUGACGAUAACAGUGAGGGAGACAAAAACGGAACGUAUGAGAUCCCAAUCACCUACUGAAGAUGUCAUGGAGACGGUGACAAAGGAGGAGAAGUCCUAUUCAAGCUCCACUCCGUCAUUUCAUGCAUCAUCAGCCACGAAAGAAUUGGAUGAUCUUAUGGCCUCGCUGUCUGACUUCAAGGUGAAUUCAAACAAUCAUCGCCAUCAGACGGUCACCGAUUACGCAAAGCCAAACAAGGGUGUAUCACACAUCCAGCAGUACUCCCAAGUGACCACAACCACGACAACAACAACCAAUCAUCCGCGUGAUCAGUUGGAUUCUAUGCUUGGGAAUCUUCAGGCCAAUAUGAAUCGUCAGGGUGUGACAACAACACAAAAGGGUUGCUGCUCUGGGUGCGAUAAACCCAUUGUGGGGCAAGUUAUUACGGCUCUGGGCAAAACAUGGCAUCCGGAACACUUUACGUGCAAUCACUGCAAUCAAGAACUCGGUACGAGGAACUUUUUUGAACGCGACGGGCAUCCCUAUUGCGAACCUGACUACCACAAUCUCUUCAGUCCACGCUGUGCCUACUGCAAUGGGGCCAUUCUCGAUAAAUGCGUGACGGCUCUUGAGAAGACUUGGCAUACAGAACACUUCUUCUGCGCUCAGUGUGGUCAGCAAUUUGGCGAGGAGGGCUUCCAUGAGCGCGAUGGGAAACCCUACUGCCGAAGUGACUACUUCGAUAUGUUCGCCCCAAAGUGCAGCGGUUGCAAUCGUGCCAUCAUGGAGAACUACAUUUCAGCCCUGAAUGCCCAAUGGCAUCCAUCAUGCUUCGUAUGCCGCGACUGUCGGCAACCCUUCCAGGGUGGCUCCUUCUUUGAUCAUGAGGGUUUGCCCUACUGUGAGACGCACUAUCAUGCUAAACGUGGCUCCCUUUGCGCUGGAUGCUCUAAACCAAUUACAGGACGCUGCAUUACAGCCAUGUUCAGGAAAUUCCAUCCGGAACACUUUGUAUGCGCCUUCUGCUUGAAGCAACUCAACAAGGGUACAUUCAAGGAGCAAAAUGACAAGCCCUAUUGUCAUCCGUGCUUUGACAAGUUGUUUGGGUAAAAUGCAAAAGGAUUCAUCAGGUAAAGAAGGAAAUUUAAAAAAUAACGAUUAAUUAAUGAGUCACAAAGAGAGGGAGAAAAAGAAACUCCAAGAAAGUCAGCAAAAAAUAUAUAAUUCAUUCACUUUUCCCCCCAGCAAGACAAAAAAAAGCUCCAUAAACGAAACUUUAAUCAAUUUAAUCUAAAUGGAUUAUAAUAAUAAUAAUAAAAGUACAUUAUAGAUUUUUUAAUGAAUGAUAUGCGUAGAAUUUUUCUAAUACAAUACCCCCUACACCCCCAAAACAAAAUAUGGUGAAGAAAUAACUCAAAGAUAAUCUUCAAAAUAAUUUUAAUUAACAUUUAAAUCGUGCUUUAUAGUCUUCUCUCAAAGAAAUCAAAUAGGUAGUAUUUAAAGUAAAAAAAAAAUACUAAAUAUGUUGAUAAAACAGCAAGUCUUCUAUUAUAUUGUAUUUGAUAAGAAAUAAGAAAAAAAAGGAAAAAUAAAAUUAUUUGUGCCAAUUCUACUUACACGUAACUCUUGGUUCUGUCACCAUGAACUAUAUUAUUUUUUUAUUGAUAUUUGUUAUGUAUAUUAUUUUCAUUUUAUAUAUAAUGCGAAAGAGAAAAUGAACAAAACCUAGAUAGGAAUCCACAUAACAACUUUAACUCGUUAUUUCAAAAUGAUUAUAUAGAGAAAAAAAUCAAUAAAUUAUGGCUCUAUGAUACUAA